AUGUCUGCAGAGGAGAAGAAUAACGGUCUCAGUCUGUUGGAUUCCAUAGACCGUGUAAUAGUUACCGAAAAGACAUCUGAAUUUCCAAACAGCAAGUAUGUGGUCACCACAGCCGAUGGAGCGGUCAUAUUAUACGCAAAGGAAGACUGCGGAAUCGUCAACAGGCUCUUAGCCGGAAAGACGAGGUCAUUCGAGAUUGAUAUCUUUGAUACUAGUCACAGAGAGGUAAUAAAACUGCGUCGUCCAUACAGCGUUGGUCAAGAUAAAAUGGAUGUGAUCGUGUGUGGUCAACCAGUUGCCAUUGUAAGAAAGGAGGUGACUUUCUUCAAGCCAGUGUUAACCAUCAAUGAUACGAGUGAUAAGCAAGUAAUUAGAGUGAAGGGUCCCGUGUCUACUACAUCUCAGUGUAAUUUUGAGCUGUAUUCAAACGAGAAACAACGUAUAGGCGCCAUCUGUAAACGCUGGGACGGACUAACACGUGGUAACUCGGAGCGGGAUAAUUUCGUCAUACAUUUACCUCCGGUUGAUGUUAGUUACAAAGCCGCUAUUCUAGGAACUUGCUUCCUCAUUGAUUUCCUAUACUAUGAAAAUUAA